AUGCGAUACUCCGGUCUCUACCUUGCCCGCCACAAUGCCGUAGUUGAACGAAUAAAAACCACAGCAAGUAACAAGUUUGAAAUCCUAUAUGAAAACCAGGUGUGUGGCAACUCUGGCCUACGGCCUGACCUGGUAAUCAAAAGGUCUCAGAACAUAUUCAUAAUUGACGUGACCAUCCCGUUCGACAAUAGAUUGGCUGCCUUUGACUCUGCCGCCAGAGAAAGAGUGGAGAGGUACCACAACCUGUGCAGUGAGCUAGCCACGACUGAUGGGGUGGAAGCCACAGUAGUACCCUUUGUUGUUGGUGCCCUAGGCGGAUGGUUCACCAAAAAUGAUGAAUUUUUACACCAACUCUGCAGUCCGAAGUACGCGACAAUGAUGAGGAAGCUGUGCAUUAGCGAGGUGAUUGGUUUCUCGAGGGACUUUUACAUUCAACACCUCACGAAUAUCCCUCAAAGGACUCCAACCAUCAGACCCACAGCAACGUAA